AUGAUUACUGGUGCCGCUUCCAUGGACGGUGCCAUCAUCGUUGUCGCCGCUUCGGACGGUCAGAUGCCCCAGACCAGAGAGCACUUGCUCCUCGCCCGUCAGGUCGGUAUCCAGAAGAUUGUCGUCUUCGUCAACAAGGUCGACGCUAUCGAGGACAAGGAGAUGCUUGAGCUCGUCGAGAUGGAGAUGCGUGAGCUCCUCAGCAGCUACGGCUUCGAGGGUGACGAGACCCCCAUCAUCAUGGGCUCUGCUCUCUGCGCCCUUGAGAACCGCCAGCCCGAGAUUGGCGCCACCCAGAUCGACAACCUGAUGAACGCUGUCGACGAGUGGAUCCCCACUCCCCAGAGAGACCUUGAGAAGCCUUUCCUCAUGUCCGUUGAGGAUGUCUUCUCCAUCCCUGGACGUGGUACUGUCGUUUCUGGCCGUGUCGAGCGUGGUCUCCUGAAGAAGGAUACCGAAAUCGAGCUUGUCGGCAAGAACAAGGUCCCCAUCAAGACCAAGGUUACCGACAUUGAGACCUUCAAGAAGUCUUGCGACGAGUCCCGCGCUGGUGACAACUCCGGUCUUCUGCUCCGUGGUAUCAAGCGUGAGGAAGUCACUCGUGGUAUGGUCGUUGUCAAGCCCGGCACCGUCACUUCCCACAAGAAGUUCCUCGUCUCCAUGUAUGUCCUGACCAAGGAGGAGGGUGGUCGCCACACUGGUUUCCACGGAAACUACCGUCCCCAGAUCUUCAUUCGUACUGCUGGUAAGUCUUGA